AUGAGUAGCGACGAGGAAGACGCUUCUGGGGCUGUUGAAGCCAAAGAUAUGUCCUGGAUGUUACGAAGUCUGUCCGCCAGAUUCUCACGGAAUCGAACGCAGCCACAACAGAAAAAUCAGUCACAGGAUGCCAGUUUCGAUACGAAAAAGUUUGUACAAUGCAAAGUGCUUCUACUAGAUGGAGCCCAUUUGAAUAUUGUCGUACCGAGAAACGCAAUUGGAAGUGAACUUCACGAAGAGGUUUUCUACUCAUUGGACCUAGAAGAAAGAGAUUAUUUUGGGCUCCAAUUCACAGAUCAGUUCAAUGUUCAGCACUGGCUAGAUCCUUGCAAAAAAGUAGCUAAACAGGUAGCCAUUGGACCACCAUUUACUCUUCGAUUCCGAGUGAAAUUCUUCACUUCUGAACCAUCGAGUAAUUUGAAAGAGGAACUGACAAGAUAUCAAUUUUUCUUGCAAAUCAAACAAGACAUUUCCUCUGGAAGACUUCAAUGUCCACAUCCAUUGGGAAUCGAAUUGGCUGCGUUGGCUUUGCAGUCAGAACUAGGAGACUACAAUCCAGAACAACAUACUGCUCUCUUUAUCUCAGAAUUCCGAUUUCAUCCGGAGCAAGAUGAAAAAAUGGAAAUCGAGAUAUUGGAGAAGUACAAGGCGUGUCGUGGACAAACUCCUGCUCAAGCGGAGUUGAACUACCUAAACAAGGCACGUUGGAUUGAAAUGUAUGGAGUGGAUAUGCACAUUGUCGAGGGAAAAGAUGGGAAUACGUAUCGAUUGGGAUUGACACCACAGGGAAUGUUGGUGUUUGAUGGACCGCAGAAAAUUGGAUUGUUCUUAUGGGAGAAGCUUCAGAAGUUGGAUUUUAAGAAUAAGAAAAUCACGCUGGUGGUGGAGGAGGAUGCGGAUCAAUCGAACAAUGGGCAAAUACAACUUCACACUUUCGUAUUCCAUCUAACGUCUGAAAAAGCAGCCAAACAUUUCUGGAAAUGUGCAAUCGAACAGCACGCCUUCUUCCGUUUGAAAUCCCGUCCAGUUCAACCAAAUCGAAAAAUGCAAUUCUUCCGAUUAGGAAGCACAUUUAAGUAUAGAGGACGGACUGAAUAUGAAACUAUUCAUAAGGAAGGAGCGAGAUUAUCCAGAAGACAAUCUUGUAGUUUUGAAAGAAGACCUUCACAAAGAUAUGGUCCAAGGCAGAGUCAUGUGACGAACGCACAAAUGAGGGAUGCUAAACGGCAGGAGAUGAGGCAACAGAUUCUGGAGCAACAACGAGCCAACGAACAACAGCAGCAACAACAAAGAUCCCAUGCCCAGUCUGACCCACUUCCACCCCUUCCUCCAGUAUCAAAUCUUCCAAUCCCAUCAUCUCCAAAUCUCAAAAAACCAUUGAUCAACAAUAAUAAUCCAUUCAUCGGUGACCCAUCUAUCCCAUCAUCUUCUUCCUCUUCAUCCCCAUCCCACGUCACAAAAAUCACAGUCGGAACUAUCGGAGGAGGAACAUCUGAAACGUCUCCAUCAUCAUCUUAUAUUCCACGUCCAGUUGUCUCUGGAUCCUCCUCAUUCUCCCAUCCACCACCACUUCCAGCUCAUCAGUCUUCUUCAAAAAUUCCCAGAAUGAGCAGUUCGACAGACCCCAGAAAGUAUUCACAACCACCACAGCCAGCUGUCCGAAUGCAGAAUCAUUUUGAUGAUUCUCGAAAAUUCUCGCAAAACGGAUGUGCGAUACCAUCACGAAUCGUACCACCAAUGCAACAUCAAAGAAGGAUUGUAACUGAUUUUUGA